AUGUCAGGGCGCAAGGAUUUCCUAAGCCAGCCGGCGCCCGAAAACUACGUUGCUGGACUGGGCCGUGGUGCUACUGGUUUUACGACCCGGUCUGAUCUUGGGCCAGCGCGGGAAGGCCCUACGCCAGAACAGAUACAGGAAGCCCUCGCGAAGCGGGCUGCGUUGCUGGGUACUGCACCUCCGACUGCGUAUGGUGCUUCAACUCGGGGGGAAAAGGGCGGGAAAGCAGAUAAAGAGGAAGACGAUGAUGACCGGUAUCAAGACCCAGAGAACGAGACCGGCUUAUUCGCCUAUGGUCAAUAUGACCGAGAUGAUGACGAAGCGGACCAGGUGUACCAGGCUGUGGAUGAGAAGAUGGACAAAAGGCGCAAAGCGAGAAGGGAAGCUCGGGAACGCCAGGAAAUGGAAGAGUACGAGAGAAAAAAUCCUAAAAUACAACAACAAUUCGCAGAUCUCAAGCGGUCAUUAGCUUCAGUCUCGGAUGAGGAUUGGGCUAAUAUUCCCGAAGUUGGAGAUCUCACAGGCAAAAACCGAAGAGCAAGGCAAAAUAUGCGCCAGAGAUUCUAUGCUGUACCAGACAGUGUCAUAGCGAACGCCAGAGACUCAACUGAGUUUAGCACUACCAUCAACGACGACGGGACCGAGUCAUACGCUCCUCGAGGUGAAAAUGCUGAUGGCACAAUUACCAAUUUUGCAGACAUUGGUGCAGCCAGAGAUAAGGUGCUUCAAGUUCGCUUAGAUCAAGCAGCCGAAGGCUCGAACGGAGAUGUUGCCUCUGGCAGUGCAACGUCGAUUGAUCCGAAGGGCUACCUGACAAGCCUAACAAAAUCCGAGAUGAAGGCUGGUGAGGUAGAGAUCGGAGAUAUCAAACGUGUGCGGACACUUCUAGAGUCGGUCACAAAAACAAACCCAAAACAUCCUCCCGGAUGGAUCGCUAUUGCUCGUCUAGAAGAGAUUGCGGGUCGCAUUGGAGCCGCUAGAAAUUACAUUGCUAGAGGCUGUGAACUUUGUCCGAAAAGUGAGGAUGUCUGGUUAGAGAACAUCCGCCUCAAUGAUAACCAUAACGCCAAAAUCAUCGCUGCAAACGCGAUCAAAAAUAAUGAUCGAUCAACUAGACUCUGGAUCGAAGCUAUGAAACUGGAGUCUGAUCCUCGAGCCAAGAAAAAUGUCCUGAGACAGGCCAUUCUGCACGUACCCCAGUCAGUCACCAUCUGGAAAGAGGCCGUGAACCUGGAAGAGAACCCAGAGGAUGCACGCCUACUACUUGCUAAAGCCACUGAAAUAAUACCUCUCUCCGUUGAGCUAUGGUUGGCACUGGCACGGUUGGAAACACCUGAGAAUGCCCAAAAGGUCCUCAACGCAGCUCGUAAAGCUGUUCCUACCAGUCGCGAUAUUUGGAUCGCUGCAGCCAGAUUACAAGAGCAAAUGGGAACAGCAAAUAAAGUAAACGUUAUGAAAAGGGCCGUCCAAUCUCUUGCUAGAGACUCCGCCAUGCCGAAGAGGGAAGAAUGGAUUGUCGAGGCUGAAAAAUGCGAAGAAGAGGAUGCAAUUCUUACCUGCAAUGCCAUUAUUCGAGAAACAUUGGGGUGGGGUCUUGACGAAGACGAUGAUAGGAAGGAUAUCUGGAUGGAAGAUGCGAAGGGCAGUAUUGCAAGAGGGAAAUAUGAGACGGCGAGGGCAAUUUAUGCCUAUGCACUCCGCAUCUUUGUCAAUAAAAAGUCGGUAUGGCUUGCUGCGGCAGAUCUAGAGCGGAACCAUGGUACCAAAGAAAGUCUCUGGCAGCUACUUGAGAAGGCCGUUGAGGCCUGCCCUCGAUCUGAAGAACUAUGGAUGCAGUUAGCCAAAGAGAAGUGGCAGGCUGGCGAGAUUGACAAUACACGGCGAGUUCUUGGGCGGGCAUUCCACCAGAACCCCAACAAUGAAGAUAUCUGGCUGGCGGCAGUGAAACUCGAGGCUGAUACUAAUCAAAUCGAACAGGCCAGAGAACUAUUGUCAACCGCUCGGCGAGAGGCUGGUACAGACAGGGUCUGGAUCAAGAGUGUGGCUUAUGAGCGCCAGCUCGGCAAUAGGGAUCAUGCUUUGGAUUUGGUCAACCAGGGUUUACAGCUAUAUCCUAAAGCAGACAAGCUUUGGAUGCUUAAGGGUCAAAUCUAUGAAAGUGACGGACAAAUCCAGCAAGCUCGGGAAGCAUACGGAACGGGGACCCGAGCAUGCCCCAAGUCAGUGCCGCUUUGGCUCCUUGCUUCAAGGCUAGAAGAGAAAGCUGGCGUUGUUGUAAAGGCCAGAUCAGUACUGGAUCGUGCUCGACUUGCUGUUCCAAAGAAUGCAGAACUUUGGACCGAGAGUGUCAGGGUAGAACGCCGAGCAAACAAUAUGAGCCAGGCUAAAUCCCUUAUGUCGAAGGCUCUGCAAGAAGUCCCGAAUUCAGGACUUUUGUGGAGUGAAAGCAUAUGGCACCUUGAACCUCGCACACACCGGAAACCUCGAAGCUUGGAGGCUAUUAAGAAGGUGGACAACGAUCCUAUUCUCUUUGUCACCGUUGCUCGUAUAUUUUGGGGCGAAAGACGGUUGGAGAAAGCCAUGACCUGGUUUGAAAAGGCCAUCGUUGCGAAUAGUGAUCUGGGAGAUGUUUGGGCAUGGUACUAUAAAUUCCUUCUCCAGCAUGGAACAGAUGAGAAGCGGGAAGAUGUCCUAACAAAAUGCAUUGCUACGGAACCGAAACAUGGAGAAAUCUGGCAGACAGUGAGCAAAGAUCCUGCUAAUGCCCAUAAAACCACCGAAGAGAUCUUGAAGAUUACACUCAAUCGCUUGGAAUAG